AUGACUACAAAAAGGAUAUAUAAAAAAAAGAUAAAUUAUGAAGCUGAAGAGAAAGUCAAUAAAAUGUAUAGAGAAGAUAUUGAAAAGACAGACCAGAUAGAUAGAGUAGAAUUUGAUGGGAUAGAGAAUGAAGAAACUAGCAUCAUAGAAAAAGAAAAAAAAAAAAAUAAAUGCAAAACAUUAAGAAAUAGUAAAUUAAUGAUUAAAGCUGCAAAACAAAUUUUAUCAUCAUGCAAUUUUGAGUCUACAAGAUUUCAAUGUAUG